AUGGAUUAAUAAUCAGAGCCAAAUUCUCAAGAACAAGUGAUAAAAUAAAACGACGAGUAGUAGGUAUUGCCUCAGACUGUCCUCUAACAACAGUAGAUUAAAGAAGUCGAAACUCUUGAUUUAUAAGUCUCAAUUUCAAUUGAAGAUGUGAUCAUCAAAGAUGCAGGUUUUGGAUAAAAAUUCACAGCCUACUUGAUUAAAGGCUCAGACAAUCAAGGGUCAUUCGAAGUUUAUAGAAGAUAUAAUGAUUUCUUUGAAUUAAGAGAGUAAUUGGUCAAAAAAUGGCCAGGAUGCUACAUUCCACCAAUCCCUGAAAAAGCUCUAGCAAGUGGCAAUGAUUUAGAAACUGUUUAAAUCAGAAGAAGACUUUUGGAAGUCUUUUUGGUUGCCAUAUCGUUAUUACCCUACAUUUACAUAUCUGAAGAUUUUUAAUAGUUGUUCCUAAGAUCCAGUUCUCAAGAUAUUGCAAAAACUUACCAACAGUAAAAGCCACCAACUACAUCAGAAAUUAUUGAAAGACUUAAGACAGCCUUCCCAAAUCUCGAUGUCAGAGACCAACAAAAUAGUGAAUAUAUGUUGGCCAUCAGUAAUUUCUCAGGUUAAUUACGAAAAACUUAAGCUAUUCUAAAAACCUAUAUUGACCAAUCCAAUAUUGUUGCAUAAGCUAGAAAGAUACUAUAGGAUGAAAAAAUGAAUUUAUUUUAUGGAUCUUUGCCUCUCUAUGAAAAGACUAUACUUAAUGAAUACGUUUAUGGUAAGGAGUAAUAAUUAGUACUCUCAAAUCCUUCAAAUCAAGAUGAAUAUAAAAAAGUUCUAGAAGAUAUAAAAGAAAGCCAUAAAAAAACUAAUAGCAUUAAUAAUUUAACUGACUUGUUUCGCUAUGAAUUGAAAGAUGCUGAGUCUAUGUAACAAACCCUCGCCUAUAGAGAUCAAAUUGUCAUUAUCAGAGCAAAAUAAGAAUAAAAAAUGAGAGAAGACUAAGCUGAAUUAGCCAAAAUGGCAGCAAAACAAUAAACUUUAACCACUAUCACCAAUUCUACAUAUAACAAAUCAAAAGAUGCUUCAUAAGUUAAAGUUGAAACAAGAAUUUCAGAAGGAUAACUAGAAAUAGACAAGUUAUCAUAAUUGUAUAACAUCAUCACUGCAAUCAUAGCCACUAAAGAAAUUGAUAGAUAUAGAAAGACAAGGGUCAAUCACUAUCAUAAAUUCCUGAGAUCUAUCUAAUAAUCAGAAACUAAAUUGUAUUAAGCUGAAAAUGACUUUUUGGAAAAACUAAUACAAGAGUCAUAAAAAUAAUUACAAUAAUCUAAUUCGGAAUUAAUUUAAAGAUAAGAGCAAUAAUAAUAAUAAUAUCAUGAAUAAAAAUAACGAUAACAGUAAUAAUAAUUAUAAUAGUAACAAUAACUAUAACAAUAAUAGCAAUAAUAAUAAUAACAAUAAUAAUAAUAAUAAUAAUAAUAAUAAUAAUAAUAAUAAUAAUAAUAAUAAUAAUAAUAAUAAUAAUAAUAGGAAUUACCUGAUUAAGUACAAACACAAUGA